UUGACAUUUCAGGACAGCGAAAUGUCUGACUUUGAUCCUGCUCCGGGACCUGCGGUCAGCAGCAGGGAUGGGGAGAACGCACCACUUUACUGUAUCUGUCGGAAGCCGGACAUCAACUGCUUCAUGAUUGGCUGCGACAACUGCAGUGAGUGGUUCCACGGACACUGCAUCAACAUCACAGAGAAGAUGGCGAAGGCCAUCCAGGAGUGGUACUGCAUGAAAUGCAAAGGAGCAAACCCAUCUUUGGAAGUAAGGUAUAGAUCAAAGAAAAACCGCGACAAAGACACAGAGUCUGAUCGAACAGACAGGCAGUACAGCACCCCGAGCACACCGGACUACAAAAGCGAAAAGAGGCGUGGAUCAAAAGUGAAGCGUUCCGUUCGAAUGUGUGGGGAAUGUGAGCCCUGCAGGAGGACAGAGGACUGCGCACAGUGCGACUUCUGCAAAGACAUGAAGAAGUUUGGAGGCCCCAACAAAAUCAGACAGAAGUGCAGGUUCAGACAGUGUGAGGUUCGAGCCAGGAAAAUGCUGCGUGUGAAGGAUGAGGAGUUCUCUUUACGCGAAAGGCGGGAGAAUUCCCACCACAGACGGAGGCGCUACUCUGACGACUACGACAGCGAGGCGGAGCUCUAUCAGCAGUACAAGGCAGCAGGACUGGGCAGCAUGGCAUGGCCAACUGACGAUGAUGAUGAGCCAGCGUUCAGCCCUAUCAUGCGAAAGAAAGCUAUCAAAGUCAAGCACGUCAAGAGGCGAGAAAAGAAGUUUGACAAGAAGAAGGAGUCCCGUCGCCACAAGCAAAAGCAGAAACACAGAGACAGAAGCCGACACAGCGAGAGGGGGGAUUUUCGGGACAGCGGAGGUCAGCAUCAGUGCCUGGGGCCAAACUGUGUGGAAGCAGCGAGAGCCAACUCCAAAUACUGCUCCGAGGAGUGUGGUAUGAAGCUGGCAGCCAACCGGAUCUACGAGAUCCUCCCCCAGCGUAUCCAGCAGUGGCAGCAGAGUCCCUGCAUCGCCGAGGAGCACGGCAAGAAGCAGCUGGAGCGCAUCCGGCGCGAGCAGCAGAGCGCCCGGCUCCGCCUCACCGAAAUGGAGAGGCGCUUCCACGAACUGGAGGGCAUCAUCGCCAAGGCCAAGCAGCAGGCGGUCCAGCAGGACGAGGAGGUUAAUGAAGGUGACAGCGAGGACACAGACCUGCAGAUCUUCUGUGUCUCCUGCAGUCAUCCCAUCAACCCAAAGGUGGCCCUGAGACACAUGGAGAGGUGCUACGCAAAGUAUGAGAGUCAGACCUCCUUUGGGAGCAUGUACCCCACCAGAAUUGAGGGUGCAACCAGACUUUUCUGUGACGUGUACAACCCCCAAAGCAAGACGUAUUGCAAGAGGCUUCAGGUUCUGUGUCCGGAGCAUUCCAGAGAUCCAAAGAUCCCAGUGGAUGAGGUGUGUGGAUGCCCUCUAGUGAAGAAUGUGUUUGAGCUGACAGGAGACUACUGCAGAGUCUCCAAAAGAAAGUGCAACAAGCAUUACAACUGGGAAAAGCUGAGGAGAGCCGAGGUGGACCUGGAACGUGUCAGGGUGUGGUACAAACUGGACGAGCUCUUUGAGCAGGAGCGAAAUGUCAGGACCGCCAUGACCAACAGAGCCGGCCUUCUGGCUCUGAUGCUGCACCAGACUAUUCAGCACGACCCCGUGACCACGGAUCUUCGAAGCAACAAGGAUAGGUAAUGCAUGGUAAAGAUCCAGCAUAUCCCUAUCCUGCAAAGUGGAAAAUACCUCUUUUAUUGUUACUGGGGUGCCAAGCAUCAGGAAAACUGCAACCGAAAGGCUCUGUCUGUUCAGGAGACUGAACAGCUGACAACAGUCUGACUGCCCUCCCAUAUCUCUGUGGCCAGGCUCCAGCAGUUCAACCUAGGGGCAGAAUGAAGUGACACCGGUUUAAACGGGAUGCGUGCUCGGCUGUAGAAGUGGGCUUGCCAGUCGGAGAACCCUUCAGGCCACUUGGGAGAGGACCCUGGAGCUUAAAUGGACGUGGACGCAGCGGAGAGUCGAACUCCUGGCAGUGCACCUGUGGCGGAAAAUGAGAAGGAAACCACUGAGAGGGAAUGUCCCGAAACAGAAAAUAGUUCUGAGGAGGCCCCGGUGCCCUCGAAUGAGACUAAAGACAACCCCAGCCCUGAUGCUGCCCCUGUGGAAGGCCCUCUGGCCGAGGUGAAGGAGGAGGUUAAGUCUGCGGGGGGCGAGCCUCCCAUGGACUGGUUCGAGCCACUCGAAGACGAUGAUGACGACGACCGUGAUGAUGAUGAUGAAGACGACGAGGACGAUGCAAAUAGCCCAGGUCGAAAUGAUCCAGAAGAAGAGAGCGUGGCAGGAGAAAGUGAAAGGAGCGAAAGCGUCGGAGGCAACGAGAAGCCCUUGAGGAGGCGUUAUCGGAUGCACGCCACUCGUCGCAAGCGACCCCAGCGCGAUGAGGGAUGGAUCGAGUGGCCCAUUCUCGCAGAGGGUUGGAAACGCAAAGAGGUUGUGCGACGUUCAGGGUCCAGCAUUGGUCAGAAGGAUGUGUAUUACCUCAGUCCACAGGGCGAUCGAGUGAGAAGCAGGGUGGAGCUAACCACUGUUCUCCAGGGCCAUCUUGACUUGACAAAUUUUGAUUAUAAGACUGGCAAGUUUUACGCGGGCGAAGCACUGCCCGUAAGAGUUCGAGCUAGAGGAAAGAGAAAACUGCGCGAUCGCUCUUCUUCAGAGUCGAGCUGGAUGGAGAGAGGAGAGGGGGCGGAGACCCCUGACUCCCACCACAGGCUGACUCCCAACACCGGGCCCAAAAACGUCAACAGCAGCCAAACCAGCAUCUCUCUAAACAGCCCAAGUGGAACCUCCAAGCAAGCCUGCCCAGCUGAGGACCCCCCCGCGGACCAUAAGACUAAACCUCCGCUCCCCUCGUCGUCUCGGCUGCUUCCGAUUCCAUCCAUAAAUGGAGAAAUAGGGUCAGAGGACAGCACUCUGGUCUGUGCCAAGUGUGGCAUUUCCUUCACAGGUACAUCGUACGACAAGCAAAGAAAGAGGCCCUGCUGCCCUGGCUGCUGGGCCGCGUCCAAGACCAAAGAGCAUCCCAUGAUCCGCUUCAGGAAGUGGAUUCCCUGCGGUGAGUGUGUGGGGUGUCAAAACACUGUUAACUGUGGACAGUGUGCCAACUGCAAGCACGGACUGCAGAGCCCAGAAUCCAGGAGGCGCAUAUGUCGGAAACGCAGAUGUAUAUGUCCUAUUCGUAAGAGCCCUCGAAGUGGAGGAGAUCAGAGAUCUUACGCAGAUGUUCCAGAAACAUUUGAUGACAACAUGAGUCUCCAGAAUGAAGUCACAGACUCCCAGCAGCCAAGUCUCAAAAGCAGCGACACGGAGAACUUCUCGUUGAACGUGGACGAUGAAGAAGACGACAUGUCAACAGACGAUGAUGACGAUUGGCAUAAGAAGCGGAAGCGGCGUUCCUGCGGGGAGUGCAAAGCCUGCCUCUGCAGGAAAGACUGCGGCACGUGUGAUUUCUGUGUAGACAAGCCCAAGUUUGGAGGCAGCAACAAAAAGAGGCAGAAGUGCCGUUUGCGGCAGUGUCAGCGGCAGGCGAUG